CUCACCACCAUACUCCCCCAUCUUCUCCAAUGUACCGUUGACUCUUCCCACAUCAUACAUCUCCUUCCACCGUUGGGAGUCAGUCAUUCGCCUUAUCGAUGGCUAAAGUCAAAACCGUAGCCACGGAUUCUUCAACGUCGGAGGCCCACAACAUACUGUAUCAGCGGCAUUCGAGACCGGCUACCAAAAGGAUCUCCAGUCAUUACUAACCCGCCACAUGCGUAGAGCCUUGCUAGAAAAUUCUUGAUGCCCUUUGUCCAUCCCCAUCCAUCCCUUACUCUUGUGAGGAUAGCGUCAAUGAUCGGGAGUGGAGCCUGCCUACACUCCCUGCGUGCCGCGGCAGUCGCCCUUAUGGCCUUCAACAUUACGCUCAGUGUCGACGACGACGCCGGGCUCCUGCGCCGCCUCCUCUUCCUCGUCUUCCCCUAUGAGAACCACAGACGGACGGUCACCGGAGCUCAUCCUUCUUUCUUCUCUUGCUAGCUGAGGUGCAACGCCACCUUCUUUCGCCAGACCGUCGUCGCCCGGCAUGAUCGAGACACGGCACCGGAGUCGCGCCGGCAGGUCUCUCGACGUGUUCCGUGGCUACGUGGAGACCGAUCCCACCGGUCGUUAUGGACGUUUCGAUGAAGUGCUUGGUAGAGGAGCCAUGAAGACAGUAUACAAGGCGUUCGAUGAGCUAAAUGGUACCGAGGUAGCAUGGAACCAAGCUAAGCUGUGCAGCAUGCUGCGAUCGCCGGAAGCGCUACAGCGGAUGUACUCGGAGGUCCACCUCCUCAGCUCCCUCCACCAUGAGUCCAUCAUCAGAUUCCACGCAUCAUGGAUCGACGUCGAGAACAGGACCUUCAACUUCAUCACUGAGAUGUUUGCUUCCGGUACCCUCCGAGAGUAUCGGCGGAGGUAUCCGCAUGUGAACAUCGGAGCCAUCAAGAGCUGGGCUCGACAAAUCCUGCACGGUCUCGCAUACCUGCACCGUCACGAUCCGCCGGUGAUACACAGGGACAUCAAGUGUGACAACAUUUUGAUCAAUGGCCAUCUCGGGCACGUCAAGAUCAGUGAUUUUGGACUGGCAGCCAUCCUCCGGGGCUCACAACACACUGUUAUAGGGACACCAGAGUUCAUGGCACCAGAGAUUUACGAAGAAGAGUACAAUGAGCUUGUAGAUAUCUACUCCUUCGGUAUGUGCGUGCUCGAGAUGCUUACUUCGGAAUACCCCUACAGCGAGUGCUACAAUCCAGCUCAAAUCUACAAGAAAGUUACUUCGGGACGGCUGCCUGAUGCAUUCUAUCGCAUCCAAGAUCCCGAGGCCAAGCGAUUCGUCGGUAGAUGUCUGGAAGAUGUAUCAAAGAGACCGUCGGCAGAGGAACUUCUUCUUGAUCCUUUUCUCGCAUUAGGUGAUCACACUGUUCCUGCUGAUGCAGUUACUGGGAUCAGAUCGCAAGACCAAGAUGGCUUGCACUCGAUGGAGUUUCACGAUGCUAAUAGCACGGUGUGGAGAACCGACAUGACCAUCACAGGGAAGAUGAACCCGGAGGACGAUACGAUCUUCCUCAGAGUUCAAAUUGCCGACGCAGAAGGACAUGUGAGGAACAUUCACUUCCCCUUCGACAUCGUUUGCGAUACGCCGAUCGAUGUGGCGAACGAGAUGGUGAAGGAGCUGGAGAUAACGGAUCGAGAGCCAUCGGAGAUAGCAGAAAUGAUAGCUCAGGAGACCACGGCUCUGGUACCGGAUUGGAAGGCGACGAGUGCACCCAACUCUGUCUUUCGUGUCUACAACUACGAAGAUGAUGCCGAGGACGGUUGCAAUCACCCCUUCUACAACCUCUCCUCCUCUGCUUCCUCCCAAGGAUCAGUCUUCGGAACAGGGCAUCGCCUGGGUAUGCUCGAUCAGCAGCAGCAUCCUCACCAGGAAGAGUGGUUUCAAGGUGACCCGCAUUCCGAUGAAGAUGCCGUGAGCUACACGCAGUCAGGCAGGUAUUCCGCCAUGAACUACUACUCCUCGAGAGACGAGCAAGAAAGCAAAGUGAGCUUCCACGGCAGCCACAAGUCGACAAAGCUCGGAGAAGAUGCCGCAUUGGCCGAUGAGUUUUGCAAGCAGUGCAACAUAUUGCCGGAGCGCUCGAGGAAGCCGGUCGGUGGCCAGCGGCUGACGAGGAACCGAUCGAUGGUGGACAUGCGAAGUCAGCUGCUGCAUCGGAAUCUGGUGGAGCAGCUGAAGAAGCGCCUGUUCAAGACCGUAGGAGCAGUCGAGAACAUCGGGUUUCAAACGCCCUGUGAUGGCCCUCACAAGCCUUCCUCGUCCUCUCCAGCCGAUCGCAGGAAGCAGAGGGCAACAAGCCCAUGCAUGAACUGAUGGUUGAUUCGAAUCGCCUUCGAUCUGCGACUCUGAAGAAGGCUUGAUCUUUUGGCGAUCCAGUGCUUGUCACGACUCACAGGAGCUUUGACCUGUACUGUUCACCCGAUCGACCAUAGCCAUGGAACGUAGAAGAGAAUUCCCAUGGAACAGGGGCGAUCCAUCCAUGGAUUUCAAUUAUUCUUGGACGGAAGAUGGCUGAUGCAAUGGAAGAGAACGCACAUUCUUCGGUUGUAAUCGUCCAGUCUUCUUUCCAUGCCAUGUCUCAUCAAAUCCAAGGAAUUGUAGUGGGAUCAUUAUAUUAUGAUUUCAAAAGGCCAAGUCAAUAUUGGCUGCUGCAUUCACAGCCUUUUCGUA